CUGCGUCUCAGCUAGCAGACGAGGGCUUCGCUCGCAGCUCUGCAGAGGCUACGCUGAGACUGAACCGGCAUCGGAAGCAGAAUCUCUGGCUGCCAUCAACAAGUUAGGGUUGGACGAUCACGGCUAUGAAUAAGGAUUGCUUGAUCUUCAAUUAACCAUUUGAGCUGACAUCAUUGCGGUGGAAGGAAAACAAAAGGGUAAAAAGAGAAAAAGGAAAAAAAGAGGAAGGGGACUGUUCAUCCGGAGUGGCUCUGAAAGGAACUGAGCAACUUAAGAAAAUACAUAUAAAUAUUUAUUUAAAAGGAUUUGCGGCAUAGAGUAAAAGACUAUCCUUUCCUUGAAGUUGGAUUUUAAAAAGGACUAAGCAAAACAAGAGGAAUAUCCAUCAUCUUGGGACAUGGAAUUUCAUUUUUUGUUUCAUUUGGGUGGGCUCAGAAUUGCUUUAUUUCCAAAGAGGCUGAUUCCUUUUGUGCUUACUCAAAAGGGCUUUUUCCCUUUGGAUUUUUCUUCCAUCUGGUUGCUCCAAGAGUCUGCAGAAAAGGACAGUUGAAUGCAGCCUCCGAUGUGCACAAAAGAAUGGGUUUCCAUUCAAGGUGGCCAUUGGUGGGACCUGCACCAGUGGCUCUGUGUCUGUGUGUGAUCAGCAUGCUCUUAGUGUGCCUGCUGCCUCCUGCAUCAUGCACAACCUGCCCUCAAAAAUGCCGUUGUGAGGACCUGCAGUUCUACUGCGACACCCAGGGGCUUCAGGCACCACCAGAUGGUGUGGACAAGGGGGCCCUGGGGUUGUCACUACGUCACAAUAGCAUCACUGAACUCAGCCCUGAUCAAUUCUAUGGCUUCAGCCAGCUCACCUGGCUACAUUUAGAUCACAACCAGAUUACCACAGUACAAGAGGAUGCCUUUCAAGGGCUCUACAAGCUAAAGGACCUUAAUCUGAGCUCAAAUCGUAUCACCAAGUUGCCCAACACAACCUUCAUCCACCUCAUCAAUCUUCAGAUACUGGAUUUGUCAUUCAAUCAGAUGACUGCAUUGGAACCAGAACUGUUCCAUGGACUGAGGAAACUCCAGAUACUUCAUCUUCGCUCCAAUUUACUCCGCACCACACCUGUUAGGGCAUUCUGGGACUGCCGCAGCCUGGAGUAUCUGGGCCUGAGUAGCAACAGGCUACGAAGUCUUGCCCGUAAUGGAUUUGCAGGACUUAUUAAGCUUAAGGAGCUCCACUUGGAGCACAAUCAGCUGACCAAGAUCAACUUGGCCCAUUUUCCCCGCCUUGUUGCCCUCCAAUUUCUAUAUCUCCAGUGGAAUAAGAUCAGCAACUUAACAUGUGGUAUGGAGUGGACCUGGACUACUUUAGAGAAGCUGGACCUCACAGGAAAUGAAAUUCGUGUACUAACACCUGACGUGUUUCAAACGCUGCCAAAUUUAAAAAUUUUGCUGCUGGAUAACAACAAACUAACCAGUUUGGACCCCCAAGUCAUGGAUAUGUGGCAGUCUCUGGGUACCAUUGGUUUGUCUAGCAACCUUUGGGAAUGUACCAAACGGAUUUGCUCUCUGGCCACCUGGCUUAGCACCUUUAAGGGAAGGUGGGAACAUUCCAUUCUCUGCCAUAGCCCUGAAUAUGCCCAAGGUGAGGAGAUACUUGAUGCCGUUUAUGGAUUCCAGCUUUGCCAGAACUUUUCAGCGCCAGUUGUUCAGACAAUUAGUACAACCACAGACGCUACUACAGCUACAGAGGUCACAAGCUCCAUGUUUGGAAUUAUGCAGCCAACUCCUACGCAGGACUACACAGAGGAUUUUGGGAGCUUUACCACAGUGACUACCACAACAACCACAACACAACUACAACGCACUGCUGAAGCAACCACUGCUACAUUGGAAGAGGCAGCUGUAACAGAUGACUUCUCUGCAAUGGACAACACUGUUAUGACUCACAGGGUUAUCAUUGGAACUAUGGCCCUCUUAUUUUCAUUCUUUUUCAUCAUUUUCGUGGUGUAUAUCUCACGGAAGUGCUGCCCUCCCACCCUACGACGAAUACGCCAUUGUUCGGCUAUUCAAAACCGCAGACAGAUGAGGACCCAGCAGCGGCAGCCUAUGGCAGAUCUAGCGACACAGGUACCCUAUAAUGAGUACGAGCCUAGCCAUGAAGAGGGGGCGCUUGUGAUCAUCAAUGGCUAUGGGCAGUGCAAGUGUCAGCAACUGCCUUACAAAGAGUGUGAAGUAUGAACUCUUAUUUAUUCCUAGAGUUUAUGGUUUGCCAUUUGAUCAUUUCAAAUGAUACAGGGUUUGCUUUUUUGUUUAUGUAAGUUUAUGUAAAAAGCAUAAUUUCUACAAGUGAGAUUUGAGAAUACGUGCAAAGUUUUGAAUGCUACAAUGACAGAGGCAGAAGAUGACAGGUAAGGGGUGAUGUAGAGAUAGUCACAAAUUUAUUUUUCUAUGAAUGCAAGGUUGUUCAUAUCAGGCAGGGGCAAUCAUUUUAAACAAGAAAAUUGUAAACUGUGAGAUUUAUCUUCACAUUAUCUUUAUUCUGCAGCACAGAAAAAAAAAACACUUAGCCAAAAGGCCCUCUGCUAAGAGAAUACAAGAAGUGGAGAUACAUGAUUUCAGUUUUAAGUCUUUUAAAAGAGUAAAUAUUUGAAAUGCUAUUUGUAACUGCGUUACAGGCACUAUAAACCCAUCACUGACUCACUGGGGAAAAUAAAUUUGAUCAAUUAUCUGAA